AGGCGUGGCCUUACUCUGGCGCGCGCGUUGCCAGGCAACAGCAGAGCUGCUUCUGGUCCCGCCUUGCCAGCAGGGAAUAGAAAACGGCUUAAGAGUGGACUAGAGGAAGUGUGCAGGAGACAUUUAAACAGUAUGUUCCUUAUGAGUGACUCGUACUGUAUUAUUUACUCAUGGAGAAAGAAAUAACUCUGAAGCAAGAAGUGAAGCUGACAAGUGAGCCUCUGCCGCAAGAAGAGAGCAGCGAGGCGAUCCUUGAAAUCAUUUCACAGUUGAACAAUUGUGACCUGGAAAGACUGAAAUGGCUGAAGGACCCAGAGACUUACAGUCAUGAAUAUCUGCUCGCAAAGGCAGAGGAGCUGCUGGAAAAGCGGAUCAGUGCUGGAGAUUCUCUGUCAUGUUUUCUCAAAGGGCAGCUGUAUUUUGAAGAGGGAUGGUAUGAAGAAGCCUUCUUGCAAUUUCAACAGAAUACUGAUUUUCAAUCCAAGUACCAGUUAGGUGUAAUGUAUUACGAUGGGUUGGGAACUCCACCAGACCCAAAAAAAGGAGUGGAAUACAUGGAGGAGAUUAUCAAAUCUACUAACCCUAAAGCAAGGCAUUUGAAGUUUGCCGCUGCAUUCAACCUUGGGAGAGCUUACUAUGAAGGAUAUGGAACUGAAAUUUCUGAACAAGACGCCGAAAGGUUAUGGUAUCUAGCUGCAGACCAUGGGAAUCCAAAAGCAAGUUUUAAGGCUCAAACUGCUCUUGGAAUGUUAUAUUCAGCAAGGCAUCCGAAGGACCUUAAAAAGGCUUUCUUUUGGCAUUCAGAAGCUUGUGGCAAUGGAAGUCUGGAAUCUCAAGGCAUUCUUGGGCUCAUGUAUUUGUAUGGACAUGGUGUACCUCAUAAUUUAAAGGCUGCUCUCGAAUGUCUAAAUCAAGCAUCGGAUCGUGGAAAUGUCUAUGUUAAAGGACAUUUGGUGGAAUAUUACUACAAAAGAAAAUUUUAUUCAAAAACGGUUAAAUUUGCCAAAAGUACCACAGAAAAUGAUGACAUUGAAAAGAUAGCCAAGGAAACAGACUGCGUUCCCUUUUACAUCGCCAAAGGGCUGGCAAUGGCUUCCUUUUACUUGGCUAGGUGUUAUCAUCUUGGUCUAGGAACACAACCAGAUAAAGCAACAGCUGACAAAUAUUAUUCUAAGGCAUGCAGACUGGAUCCUGCUCUAGCUGCUGAUCUUGAGCUGGCGGCUAAUCAUGGGAGAAUUUAGAGAGCCGUUUUGAGGAAUCUGAUCAAGUUCCAGCCGUUGCACUAUAUAACAAACCGAAAAUUUCACUCAGCUUUUGAUAAAUCAUGGUUGUGAACAAUAUUCAUUCUUUAGAUAUGUAAUUUCGUAUAUAUACAUAAUGUCUGAUGUUUCUAUCACAUAUUUAUUCAGGAAUGAAUGGGUUCUUUCAGGAGAUAACCAUCAUGUUUUGGUCAAAAGCCAUUGUGUUCCUCAAGUUAACUCUAAUUUAUUUGGUCAAUAUAAUAAACAUUUCUAAUCAGUAA